AUGCCUGAAAUUUACGAUGGCCUCCCAAAAACUCGUGCUAGAAGCUCUUCUUCUUCAUUCCCUCCUCCUCAUAUCUCAGGUGAAGGUGUCGACAAACAUGCUAUUGAGAUUAGAAGCAAGCUUCAUCCAUAUUCUAAGAAGAAUUUGGAUGCAAAUAUCCUUCAUUUGCUUGGAAAUGCUCUCGUUCUGGGUCCUGUCUGGUUUAGGAAAGUUCUUGAGGAUAUGGCCAAGCUUUUUAAGGAAGAUGUCGAAGUUCCACUCUGCCAUUGUAAUCAUUCUCUAACAUUUCAUUCCUGGGUCAUCAAGAAUAUGAGCAAAUCAUACCCUUCUAGUGAAGGGAUGAAUAGUUGUGUGAAGUGGUCAGACUGGAUUGACCGACUCUCUCUCCAAGGUAUGAAUGCCAUUGGAAGAAAGAUGGUAUUUAUGAUGCUUUAA